AUGGCAACCACCGCCCUCGCCGCUCUGUCCGCCACCACGGCCGCCGCCGCCGGGAAGCGCAUCCUCCUCUCGCACCCCGCCUCCUCCUCCUCCUCGCUCUCCUUCGCCUCCCGUCGCCUGGCCGCCGCCGCGGGCCCCCUCUGGGGAUUCCUUGGCGCGCCAAUCCGGGCCGUGGCGUCGUCGGCGUCGGCGCCCCCCAAGACCACCGUGGUCGGGGACAGGCUCCCUGACGCGACGCUCUCCUACUUCGACACCCCCGACGGCGAGCUGAAGACGGUGACGGUCCGCGACCUCACCGCGGGGAAGAAGGUGGUGCUCUUCGCGGUGCCCGGCGCGUUCACGCCCACCUGCACCCAGAAGCACCUCCCGGGGUUCGUGGCCAAGGCCGAGGAGCUCCGCGCCAAGGGCGUCGACACCGUGGCCUGCGUCUCCGUCAACGACGCCUUCGUGAUGCGCGCGUGGAAGGAGAGCCUCGGGGUCGGCGACGAGGUGCUGCUGCUCUCGGACGGCAACGGGGAGCUGGCACGCGCCAUGGGCGUCGAGCUCGACCUCUCCGACAAGCCCGUCGGGCUCGGCGUCCGGUCCCGGCGCUACGCGCUGCUCGCGGAGGAUGGGGUGGUCAAGGUGCUCAACCUCGAGGAGGGCGGCGCGUUCACCAACAGCAGCGCCGAGGACAUGCUCAACGCGCUCUGA